AUGAAUAUUAAAUUUCUUAUUUUCUAUCUUUUAACUCUAAGUUAGGUAUUUGCUUAGAUUCCUGGCGCAGAUGUAAACUGUUCUAGUUCAGAUUGCUCAAAUUGUCCUCCAGCUUCAGGUUUUACUUGGAUUUAAUCAACAGAUAAUUAAAAUUUGUGCAUCAUAUAAGAUUGCACUAACUAUAGCUCAACAUCAAACUCUUAAACUGGUUUGAGUGAUUUAUUUUGCUAAAGUUGUUUAAGUUAAACUAGUAACUCUUAAUAUGCUAAUUAAAGCGGUACCUUAUGUGUUAAUACUCCCUCUUCGUGUAAUGCUACUCCAAUUUCUGGAACUGGAUGGACAGAUACUACUUGUUAAUUAUGUUCUACAAAUUUGUAUGCAAAUAUUGCAGGUAAUACAUGCGUUUAAAUUAGUUAAUCUUGUAGCUCAAAUUCUGGUUUAACUGAUGCUAUUUGCUUAGCAUGUUAUGGCACUUCUUAGUAAUACGCUUCAAGUGAUUCGACAUAGUGUGUUAAAUCAUCAAUUUCAUGUUCCUCUACAUCUGGCUGGUCAGAUUCUGAUUGCGCUCUCUGCAGUUCUUAAACUCCCUAUGCUUCCACAGAUACUAAUUCAUGUGUGAACUCAACUAUUUCAUGUACCUCUAAAUCAGGAUGGACAGAUUCUAAUUGCAAUAUUUGUAGUCCUUCAUCACCUUAUGCAAUUGUUGGAGGUACUAGUUGUGUUGCUUCUUCUUAAUCUUGUGGAUCUACAUCUAACUGGGGCGAUAGUGACUGCUAAUUAUGCUAUGGAUCAAGUACAUAUUUUGCUUCUGGAGAUGGAACUACUUGUGUUUAAUCAACACAAUCAUGUGGUUCUACUUCUGGUUGGACUGAUACUUCUUGUGCUGCAUGCUUCCCUGGAACUAAAAUACAUGCAACAGUAGAUUAAACCAAUUGUGUUGCUUCAACAGUUGAAUGUAAUGCCACUUCAGGAUGGAGUGAUAGUGAUUGCUCUCUAUGCAACCCCUCAUCACCUUUCGCUGCUGUUGACAAAAAAAGUUGUGUAGCUUCUUCUUAAUCUUGCAGCUCAAAUUCAGGCUGGAGUGACUCUGAUUGCAGUUUAUGUACUCCAUCAAGUCCUUUUGCAAGUAGUGAUGGAACUCAAUGUGUUGCAUCCACAAUUUCAUGCUCUUCUUCAUCAGGAUGGACAAAUAGCAAUUGUUAAUUAUGCAAUCCAAGCUCUCCAUAUGCAACUGCUGAUAGUACCAGUUGUGUAAAUUCUACUAUUUCAUGUAAUUCUACUUCUGGAUGGACAGAUUCUAAUUGCAAUUUAUGUUACCCUUCUUAACCCUAUGCUACAGCAAAUGGUAAUUAAUGCGUUGCUUCUUCUUAGUCAUGCACAUCAACUUCCAAUUGGAUUGACUCAGACUGUGCAUUAUGUACUCCUUAAAAACCUUUUGCCUCUGGAGAUUCAAAUAGUUGUGUUGCUGCUACUUAAUCAUGCAGCUCAACAUCAGGUUGGACUGAUGCAAAUUGUCUAAUAUGUACUCCCUCAGAACCAUAUGCAACAUCUGAUGGUACAAGUUGUGUUGCUUCUACAUAGUCAUGCAGUGCUUCGUCUAAUUGGACUGAUAAUAAUUGCUCUCUUUGCACUCCUUCAACCCCAUUUGCAAACUCUGCUGGUACAGGAUGUGCUGAUCCUUCUGUUUAAUGUAUUGGGAGAGAUCCUACUUAAGCAGCUGAGGUUUGGACUGAUAGCGAUUGUGCUGCUUGUUAUUAAACAGGAUACAGAGCCCUCUCCGAUGGAUCUGCUUGUGUAAAUUGUAUGGCCACAACAGGUAUGACUAAUGAUCAAUGCGGUCUAUGUAAUGGAACAGAUGAUGGAGAUAGUUAAUUUGCUAAUUCCCAAGGAGCUUGUGUCUCUGUUGAUUGUACUUAAACUAGUGGUUGGGUAGAUUCAGAUUGUUCAACCUGUAAUCCUGGAACUCCUUACGCUUCCAGUGAUGGUACUUCGUGUUUUGCUACAACAAACUCAAUUAUUAUUACAUUUUCACUAAUAAUUCUUAUCUCAUUUUUACUUUGA